UUAACCAACCUCCACCAGCUUCUCGCCUUUCACUCGCUGACUUGUUUAACUCACCACCUCACCACCUCACCACCUCACCUCUCCUACACAACCCACCCGACCACCCUCGUGCCCUCUCUUGCAGUCCUCUCCCGCCGCCCGGCAACGCCGCUUCACGACUCGCGCUUCUUCCUACUUUCUCGACCUUCGUUCACCUUCCUCAUCACCAUCAAUUGCGGCGACACCAGUUCGGCGCAAGCGAGCGCGCGAGUGGAACGACACGCGGCAUUUCAUCCAGUCCGCCGACUGUAUUUCCCUAGCUAUUGACAGAAGGAAUACCACGUGGAGCACUUCCAACAAACACCCCGACCGCACUCGCCAUGGCAUCUUCCAACGGAAACAUCCUGCCUCCCCCAGCCCGCGCGUCACCAAUUCCAGACUCCGCAAUUCUCAACGGCAAGCCAUCUUCGCCACUUGUCGCUACAAGCAAUGUUCACCAGAAUGGCGGGACGACAGCGCCGCAGACGGUGUCAUCGAAGGAUCCCAAAGCGGCCGCACAGGCAGCCACUGAUAUGAGGAACAUCGUGCGCAGGAAGCUCACAGGCUACGUUGGAUUCGCGAACCUUCCGAACCAGUGGCAUCGCAAGAGUGUGCGGAAAGGCUUCAACUUCAACGUUAUGGUCGUUGGUGAAUCCGGUCUUGGAAAAUCGACGCUCGUGAACACCCUGUUCAAUACGUCUUUGUAUCCCCCAAAGGAGCGCAAGCAGCCAUCUCUCGACUUCGCACCAAAGACUGUCAGCAUACAGUCCAUUUCGGCCGACAUUGAGGAGAACGGUGUCCGCCUUCGCCUCACCGUGGUGGAUACACCCGGGUUUGGAGAUUUCGUCAACAAUGAUGAUUCUUGGAGACCAAUCGUUGAGAACAUUGAGCAGCGCUUCGACGCGUACCUCGACGCUGAGAACAAGGUCAACCGCAUGAACAUUGUGGACAACCGCGUGCACGCCUGCGUAUACUUCAUUCAGCCCACCGGACACUCCCUCAAGCCUCUCGACAUUGAGGUGAUGCGCCGACUGCACACCAAGGUCAACCUGAUCCCAGUCAUUGCCAAGGCAGACACCCUAACCGAUGAGGAGAUCGCGUCCUUCAAGCAGCGCAUCCUUGCUGAUAUCCACUACCACAACAUCAACAUUUUCGAGGGCCCACGCUACGAGCUCGACGACGAGGAGACCAUUGCCGAGAAUAACGAGAUCAUGUCCAAGGUACCUUUCGCAGUCGUCGGUGCCAACGCCGAAGUAUCGACACCCGAAGGCCGCAAGGUUCGCGGCCGCCGAUACCCAUGGGGUGUCAUCGAAGUCGACAACGAGGAGCACUGCGACUUUGUCAAGCUGCGACAAAUGCUCAUCCGCACCCACAUGGAAGACCUCAAGGAGCAUACCAACAAUUACUUGUACGAGAACUACCGUUCCGACAAGCUCACCUCUAUGGGUGUCGCUCAAGAUCCUAGCGUGUUCAAAGAGGUCAACCCAGCUGUCAAGCAGGAGGAGGAGCGCUCGCUGCACGAGCAAAAGCUCGCGAAGAUGGAACUCGAAAUGAAGAUGGUAUUCCAGCAGAAGGUUCAAGAAAAGGAGAACAAACUCAAGCAGAGCGAAGAAGAGCUAUACGCCCGUCACCGCGAGAUGAAGGAGCAACUCGACCGACAGCGACAAGAGCUCGAGGAGAAGAAGCAACGCAUCGAGAGCGGGCGACCCAUCGAAGAGAAGAAGGGUCGCAAGGGUGGAUUCUCGCUCAGAGGCUAACUUGUGCACUGAGGCGAAGUGCGUUGCGUUGGAGCGUGUUCAUGUUAAUGUCGAGCAAGGCAGGGACGAUGAUCGGCCAGACAGAGAUGCAGUCCCGUCUGCAAAGGCUCGUCUGUAUCUGCCGACGCCGGCGUUGUCAUCUAAAGGGAGCGGUGGGGAAUCUGCAUUGGCGCUGCGAGCAGGACUGGCUAAUGUUACUAAUCCACAUUACCAUUGCAAAACACCUCACCAGCCCCCCAAGACUUGUCAGCCCUCCCGGUUGCCAUGGACCGAAGGGGCUAUAUCGACGAUGUGAUACCAUGGAGCCUUUUGAUAUUUUAUCUGCUUCUUGUAUUUUACUAGGCUGACCGACUUUCCUUGUGUUUUUUUGAGAGAGAGGAUAGCAACGGUAUUAGUAUAGGACACAGACCGACUGCUCUCACCUUUCUUAGUUGUCGAAUGGGAAAAGAUUGUUUAGUUUCCA